ACAAGGGGUGUUAAUAUGGAAAAGUAAAUUAAAAAUGCCGAGUGUAGUGUGAGCAAGAGCAAAUAAAUUUUACAGGUCGAGUCGAAAGGUUUAAUAGAACCGUGGUGGCAUACUUCCGGACCCAAUUUGUCGACACCAGAGACUGGCCACGUAACCUGGAGGAGUUUUAUUAUAAGUACAACAACCGCGUUCACAAGUCUACAAAGCCCAUGACACCACAUCAGAUGUUCUUCAAAAGACCAAACUUCUCUGUCGUAGUAGAAGAACAGAUAUCGAUGUGCAACUUAACAAGAGAGGAGAGAGAAUUUCUGGAAAAAGCUCACCUUGAUGUCGAUGAGGAUGACGCAGAUGAACAAAGUAAUGACAAAAAGGACAAUGAAAUUGACAGCAAUAUCACAGAUUCAGAGUCAAACCAUGCCAACCAAAAUAUCAUUUCAACACAACUGCCAAUCACGUCAACAAGUGAUGAUGAAGCAACGGUCACUACUGGAGAUCUGGAUAAGCUCCCGCUGGAUUUGUCUCCCCUGCCCCGUGAAAGCACUAAACCACUGCAAGAUGUAACAAACUCUCAAGUUAUACGCAACGUUCAACAAAUGCAGUCCGGUGUAAGUCCAUACUACAAAGAUUUGUAUAACCGGCUAUUCCAGUACCCCGCAGUCAGCAAUAAAAGAAGAUACUCAGACUCUAUGUGCUCCAUGAAAGAGAAUUCUGACCGCUGGAACAACGACUUGUAUCCACUGGAACUCUUUCCUAAAAAACUAGCGACUGUAGCAACACUGCAGAAGUUUGAUCCCGCAGUAGAUGACAUUGUAGAUUUUAAACCGAAUUCGGUGCUCUCUGCUGGUACAAACGUUUUCCUAUCGGGCUACUGGAGGAAGGGACGGGUUACUAAAGUUGACAUGGACGAUAGCAAAGGAAAAGUGUACACUGUGGAGGACUGCGAGAACUAUAAAAUUCACCUUUUGUCUAAAUAUCUAAUACGUCCUAACAUGCUGUAAAUUGCAAAUGUACAAUUAAGGGUCUUGGAAUAAAUAUUAUUAUUAUGGAUCUAGAUUAAAUAUUGGUAUUAUUUUCAACAAUUUGUUUUUUUUAGAUCAACCGUUGUUCAUUAUAAUUAAUUUUUUUCGUAUUUCAUUGUACCAUUUCAUGACUCAGCACCGAAAUUUGGCGCCAUAGUAUGAUGACGUCACAAACGUGUGUCGUUUUCCAGCACCAUCGGACUUUGGCGUGUCAAACCAUCGGGGU